CAGUGGGCCAGCUCCCCCCUUACAGUGCAGUCAGAAAGCAAGGCCCCCAUUGCAGUUGGAGGUAUUUUGACUCGGCUGGGACUCCGUAGCAGUCAGUGUACGGCAGUUCCGGCAGCCCCCCCUCCUCUCCUGUUCUUCCCUCCUCCUCCCCCUGCACAAAGCAUCCUGUGUGUCCAGCCCGAUUCCCCCACACCCCCCAAACCCGGGGCACCCCAGGAACCCUGCACCCCCUCCCCCAUCACACGGUGAGUACCAGGGGGGGAGGGCCAGGCCUGGGGGCAGCACACACACCCUCCCCCUCUCUGUAUUAAUAAUUACCCCAUUAACCCUUCCCCUGCCGGGGGAGGGGGUCACCUGUGUGUGUGUGUGUGGAAGCUGCAGGGUUAAAGAUGCUCCAUUCCCAGCAUUGCCCAGUGAUUAGCAGGAUUCCAUUAUCAUUGGCAUUAGUGGGGGCUGUGCCUGGCUACAUUGUAUCCAUUUAUUAACAGCCUUUAUAUGUCUGGGUCGGGAUUCCAUCCUCAUCAGCUUUAUUAUUAAUAUUACUGCAGUUAUUAAUAUGGCUAUAAUUAUACAGUUUGCAUCCAGUGCAGGAUUUCUUUAUCAUUAUUGCAAACAAUAGACUUUAUCAGAUGUAGGAUUUCAUUGUGAUUGCUGGAAUUAUUCUUUAUAGAAUGGAGACUUUCAUCAUUUUAAUUAUUACUUCUUUUAACAUAAUAUGAUAUUUAUCAAAUGCAUUACUGGUAGUGCUAAACUGUAUAAAUCAAGUCUUUCUUAAAGUCAGUAUUUUAUUCUCCAUCUUAUAGUGUAUGUUUCUAGGUCUGUAAAAGAUGAUUGUUAUUCCUGUGUAUCUAUCUCUGUUUUACCAAAGUCUGGAUCUCAUCACUGUUAUUGUUAUAGUAGCAUCAACACUGUGUAUAAUAUCUGUUUCCUGAGAUGUCAGAGUGAUUAUGUUGCAGCUGUACUGUUUUAUUUCCAUGUAUAAAUCUAUCUCUAGCUUGAAUGCAGUUUAAUACGAUUGUUUGAUACUUUAUUUUAUUAAUAUUUAGAUGGAAAUUCCAGUAUGAAUUACCAUUCCCUAUUCUGUAGGUUUCCAAAUAAUAGCAAAAAAUGGGCCUGUCGCGGCCAACUUCAGGGAUCUGAAAACUCCCCUAUGGCAUAGAGUUGAUUAAUAAAUAAAGAAGUGUUAUUUUUUUUAACAAAGCUGGAAUUUAAGCAGUGUUUUGGUAGCAAUUAGUUUGUUGCAAAAUUGGAAGUGCUUCAAACUGGGGUUUUUGUUUUUUUGUUUUUGUUUUUUUGCCUUCUUUUGGACCAACAGCAAAAUACAAAUGUGAGGAAGGCUGAACUUGAUGUCUGAACACGUCUCUUUUCGGCCUAUGUAACAAUUAUAGUAACUAUUUUCCUAGUUAUAUUUCACUGAGGUGAAAUGAAUUAAUGAUAAAAAUAAUGUUAAAAAAUGAUGUCAUGUCGAUGAACGAAUCCUUAAUGUUCUCUUUUUAGAAUAAUGUAUGUAAUUGGAAGCUUGUUUUAGUUUAUCACAUUCUGUAUUCUAGAUCUUUGAUGGAAUACUGUAGAACUUCUAGAGAAUUCUGUAUGAGGUUGUUUAUUUUAUAAACUCUGUGGACCAUUCUUUUGACCUAUUGAGAUAUUAGCAUGUACACUGUGUCCAGGAUACAGUCAAAGUCCAUUUAAUCCCAUCUUCCCCUUAACACCCCAUAAUUAGUGGCUCGAUGGUAAUCUGUGUGAUAGUAGAAGAAAUGUUACUGAAAAUAAAAGAUUACAUGUAAUCUUGUUGGGUAUUAUUUUGUGAUGAAUACAUAUGUUAACACUUCUUUUGUGAAUUUUGUGGCUUGCGCUAAGCUAUGUGGAGACCGUUAUCUUUCUCUUUAGUUAGAAGCAUAACUUAUCACUAAGACCAAUGCGGAAUUUGAAAGUUUGAAACUGUAAGUGCUUUUCUGAGAUGCCCAGUGUGUGCACAUUAUGCCAGGGUUUGUAAACGAGCACUAGCUCUGAUUAUUACCACAAUUUCUGGUCAGAUAAAAAGUGGAUUUAGAUGGCACCCACCACAGAGUAAUGAUAAGCCAGGAGGUGCACUGAUAUUACGCAUUACUUAUAUGUAUUAAUUUUAAAAAAGCACACAGAGGCUAUAAUACAUAUUUUAAUUCAUCAUCUAAGUACUACUCAUUACAGGAACACUCCAAGCACCAUAACCACUACAGCUUGUAAUGGUGAUGGUGCCAGGAGUGCACUACUCCCCCCUCCCCCAUUACAAGUAGUCAAAGUGUUUUAAAUGCGUUUCACUUCUUACCGCUACCCACCUACAUUACUGGUGAUAAAGUCAAACCGUUCAAGAUUUCAGUGAAGGGGUGUUCUAGUUAGGGAUCGACUGAUAUAAUUUUUCCAGAGCCGAUACUGAUUAUUGGUUGCCUUUUAGUGCAAUUGCAGAUGACCAGUGACAGUUUUCUGGAGGGUGGUGGAAUAGUUGGUUUGUGUUUUUUGAGUUAGGAGCCAGUGUAGUGGCUGGGAGAACACACUCUUAUUCUGGCGCCUCCUAUCCUCCAAGUCUGCCUUGAAAAGUCUCUCUCUCACCACCCUGCCUUGAGCUGUGUUUCUCAUGAUAGUGCUCACAGCAGGGAGGGGGUGAGGUUAAGCGACAUGGCUGGUCGCGGAAAACACAGACACUGCAUUCACUACACACACUGCAUCCACUACACAAACACAGACACUGCAUCCAAUACACACACUGUAUACAAUACACAGACACUGCAUUCACUACACACACUGCAUGCAAUACACAAACACUGCAGUCACUAUACACACUGCAUAAAUUAAUGGUUGUGGGCAUGUUUUUGUGAGUGUGAUUUGGGGGAGGUGGAAGGGGGUGCAGCAUUUUAUCCUCUGGCACGCCAUGAAUACAAGUUAAAUUACAGUCACUACUCGAUUGUUAAUAUAGUAUAUUUUAUAGAGAUUAUAAUAAAGACCAUAGUUUAACCGAUUCUCUGGUACUCCCCACUUCCUAUCAUGCAACUGUUCUCUAGUGUUCAUCCUUCUGUUACUUCGUCUUUAGUGACCGUUUAACGUUACUUAUUCUCCCGUUAACACCAUCCUGACUUUAUCUCCAGUAACAAAGAUGGCUGCAGCAGCAUUAAAAUCGCAUUUUUCUGCCAUUUUCUAUGGCUCAUAAGCAGCUGUUAUUAAGGGUCCACACAACAGAGUUACAAUCUCUGACCCUUUUCUUUGUUCUGGUCUUGGGAAAUGGAGCAUUUUAAUAUCACCAAGGCUUUUUGUAUUAUUUUUUUUUUUGUAAAAUGAAAUGUUAGGCGUAUCUUUUCUGUAGAGAAAAAAAAGUGUUUGUUUUUGCUGUACACCUUUCUGAAUUCUUUAACCUGUUUCUCAGUGAUGUGGCUUUUGUUUACAUACAGAGUUUGCUAGCUGUGGUCAGAUACGAGCAAGUACCAAUAUUUGAACUCUCUACGCAGCGUACUACAGAAACUGAACCAAACUAAACCAAAUUUCUGUAUGUCUCUAAAUGUGCAAUUGGUACUCCCAGCUGUAGUGGAAACUCCCUUUCUUUUAGAGAACACAGCAGUAAUGUUAUGGGAAAGCCAACCCAUGCUAAAUAUCACUGGAUAAUUCGAACUAAUACAGUUUUUCAUUUGUAUAUAUGAUUAGUUAAAAAAACCUAUUAUUCAGAUUACCAUUCUAUUCUUUUAAAUGAUCUUGUAAUAGUUCUGUAAGUUUUAUUAUAUAGCAAAUUACAGUGAGACAUUACCUUGAACUCAAAGAGAAUUUUACAUUUAAGGCCAAAGUAGCCAAACUGAUAGCCGUCUGAGAGAUUUGUUUAUUUCCUAGUUUAGCUAUUUUGGCUUUAAAUGUGACAUUCACUUUGAAUUCUUUAUUUUUAUUUUCAUAUAUUUUUUUUGUUUUUUUUGUAAAUGCGUUUAAAAUGGAGGGGGAAUAAAAAGAAAACAACACUGUUAUUUGAUUAACUUUUUAUUAAGCUUUUUGACUACUACAUGAAUAAAAUCAUACUUCGAAAUAAACGUAAUGUGUGUGUGUGUGUGUGUAUAUAUAUAUAUAUAUAUAUAUAUAUAUAUGAAUUAUAGUCUCCAAAUAUCAAAUUGUUCUGUAUUGAAAGCAGAAUCGCAAACAUUAAAGGGAUACUGUAGGCACCCAGACCACUUCAGCUAAUUGAAGUGGUCUGGGUGCAGUGUCCCUUUUGCACUAAGUCUGCCCUAUGUGGCUGUCUACCAGACAGCCACAGGGGGCACUUCUGGAAUCGUAACAGACUUUUGGUCUGUUAUCUGAUGCUGGACCUCCAGUGUCAGAUGUUCCCUAUAGGAAAGCAUUGAUUCAAUGCUUUCCUAUGGGGAGGUCUAACGCGCGGGGCAUUUGCCAUGCAUGUGCAUUAGACCCCGCUUUUCGCGGGACGGAGGAGGGGGGCGGAGCUUCGACCCAGCGCCAAAGGACAUUGACACUGGGAUAAGGUAAGUAAAUAAAGGGUUCUUAACCCUUUAUUUACCGAGUAGGACAGGGCACAAGGCAGGGGGGGCAGAGGGAUGAGUAGUGCCAGGAAUACAGCAUUGUAUUUCUGCUACUACAGUAUCCCUUUAAUAUAAAAUGGCUUAAUUCGAAACAUUAUCUUAAUUCAUCUAUAAUUACAGCUUAAAGGACCACUAUAGGCCCCCAGACCACUUCAGCUCAAUGAAGUGGUCUGGGUGCCAGGUCCCUCUAGUUUUAACCCUGCAACUGAAAACAUAGCAGUUUCAGAGAAACUGCUAUGUUUCACUGAGGGUUAAUCCAACGUCUAGUGGCUGUCUCCCUGACAGCCGCUAGAGGCGCUUAUGCGAUUCUCACUGUGAAAAUCACAGUGAGAAGUUGCUGACAUCCAUAGGAAAGCAUUCAUUGAGUAAUGCUUUCCUGUGGGCGGUUUGAAUCCGUGCACAUGCCUAUUCAGAUCUGAUGUCGGCGGGGGGUGGAGAGUUCCCCAGCACAGAAGGAACCCGGCGCUGGAGAAAGGUAAGUGGCUGAAGGGGUUUUAACACAUCCAGCCAGUGGGGGGGGGGGCUAAGGGUCACGGGGACCUAAUGACCCUAUAGUGCCAGGAAAACAAGUUUGUUUUCCUGGCACUAUAGUGCUCCUUUAACUGUUUCUAGUUACAUACACUGAAAAGAGACUUGCGUCCAUCAAGUUCAGUUUUCCUCAUGUGUUUUUUGAUGUUGAUCCGAAAGAUGGCAAAAAAAAAAAAAAACAGUUUGAAGCACUUUCAAUUUUGCAACAAACUAGGAAAAAAAUCCUUCUUAACCCCAGAAUGGCAGUCAGAUGUAUCCUUGGAUCAAGAAGCUAUUACCCUACAUUUUGCAAUUCUGUGUUUGGUAAUUGAACCCUUUUGAAUUGAACCCUUUUGCCUGUUUAAUGAAUAGUUAAAAUUUUAACCCUUUGACAAAUUCUAUCAUAUCAUGGCAUGCAUAUUUGCAGUAAGCAAUUAAGCAUCAAUUCUGUCUGUAUGUUUAUACGUCUUUUUGCAAUAAUUUAGCAGAUUUUAAGGUACAUCCAAAAUAGAUCUCACAUUUGUUGCCCAGUAACUCAUUAUGCAAUGGCGGUAUUCGGCCUCUGCUCCUUUUAUUUCUGUACCAGUCAUUAAAAGAAGAGGUUCCAAGGUUGAAAAAAAAAAGUUUAUUUUUAAGCUUGGACAUUUCUUGUGCUGUAGAUGCCCCAUUUCAAAAUUUAAAAACAUUUAACUUGCCUGUAAUCCAGUGCGGGGGCUCUUAUCAGUGGCUGCUCUGCUUCUCCCGAGAUCAUCACGACAGCCUUUCAUAGAGAUGAAUUUGAGAGCUGUGCUGGGUAUUUAUUAAUCUUCACUCUGCCCAUCUGAUGCGUGUCAUAGAGAAGCAAUGAAUCUGGUACUUCUCUGUGAGAAGCAUAUGGUGCGUUCGGCAUCAUCAUAUUGUACAAUGUCUUAAUGAGAAGUGCCACCUAGUGACUGUUUGUGUGACUGCCACUACGCUAAAGGCAUAUUCUCUGGUAAAUGUAAUCAUCGCUGUUUCUCAGAACCAGCACUGUUUUACAUUACCAAUGAAAGGGGACAUAGUCUAUCUACCAAAACCACCACAUUAAGAUUGAAUGGUUUUAGUUCAUAGAACAUCACUUUAAAGUAAAUUACCACUAGGCAAUUUAUUAUAAGGAUAUAAAGUCCUCUUUAUUCAUAUCUUCCACUUGUUUUGGAUUUAAUUUUUUAAUUCCAUCACUUUUAAAAGUUACAUAGUAAACAAAAAGUAUGAAUUAUUGUGAUAAAUGAACACUUUAAACACCAUAACCACUUCACUGUGCUGUAGUGUCUAUGGUGCCAGGAGUAACACUACAAUGGAUUGUCUAUUUACCUGGGGUAGGCCAUGCACCACUCCCUGCCUCUCGGUGGGAUGGGCACCACGCCACUUCUUGCACCAAAACCACUACAGUGGAAAUGCUUGGAGUAUAAUCUGUUUCUUGGUUAGUGGAUGGCUCAUCAGCAUUUUGUUGGUAAGCCCUCCUUUUUACGUCAACCUUGAGUCUCCUAUCGUUGUCUAUGGAGAUUUAGUGUACAUGAGCAAGAAGAAACAUCUUGCCGUAUACUUCUCACAAGUUCUUCUACAGAGGUCCACUCUGUAUGAGGGAAUACAAAAAUUAUACAGUUUUUUUGCAUUCAAUAUGUUAUAGAAAGAUAAUGGCAGCUCCGAUAUUUGCCGACUGGUGUUGAUGUAAGAGUGAGUAAAAAAAAAAAAAAAAGAAUUAAAGGAUCACUAUACAAACAUAUUCCUGACCCAAUAGUGUUAAAACCACCAUCUAGCCCCCCUGGGUCCCUCAUACCUCCCUAAAAACAGCAAAAUGUUACUCUAUUCAAGCCUGUAACUCGGCAUGCUGUUUGCCUCAGAAAAACAAGUAGACAUGUGCUGACAUCAUCCAAUCGCAGUGCUUCCCAAAAGGAUUGGCAGAGACUGACAAAGAGGCAGAGCCAGCACAAUUCAAACACAACCCUGGCCAAUCAGCAUCUCCUCAUAGAGAUUUAUUGAAUCAAUGAAUCUCUAUGAGGAAAGUUCAGUGUCUGCAUGCAGAGGGAGGAGAUACUGAAUGUUUGGAUGCAUUUUAGGCAGCCAUGACCCAGGAAGGAUCUCUAACAGCCAUCUGAGGAAUGGCCAGUGAAGUUAUCACUAGGCUGUAAUGUAAGCACUGCAUUUUCUCUGAAAAGACAGUGUUUACAGCAAGAAGCCUGAAGGUAAUGAUUCUACUCACCAGAACAAAUUCAAUAAGCUGUAGUUGUUCUGGUGACUAUAGUGUCCCUUUAAAGUUUCUUUGCAGGGUUUGAAUUGGCUGCGGUGAGGUUUCUCGAGUUUGUGCAUACUGCUGAUUUAUAAAGGUAGAAAAUCUGUAGCAAGUUUUAGAGAGAAAGUGAAAUACAUUCUGGGAAAUAAAAUGUUCUAAGCACAAGAGUCAGGAGAUGUGGGUACAAAUUCAUUAUUAAAAACAACGGCUGAGUCGUGUAAAAUAAAAUUUUAAUACAACACUAGUGCAGUCUUCUAUAUUCUGUUGAUUAAUGUAAAGUUCUCCAGUGUGACAGGACCUCUUUAUCACUCUUUUCGACUUUGCCAAGGGAAAGACGAUUUCUAGCAUCACGGAACGCCAACAUAAUUGCAUUUACGAGAGUGUGCAGCUCAAAUAAAAUAAAUACAUGCCGGCACUGUAUAGAGAAUGCGAUUCGAUAUGUACUAUGUUCUAUGAAAAUUGUUAGUAUAUAUACUAACAAUUCCAUCAAUUUAUAGUGGAGGUGGUGACGGGUGUCCAGAAGACCCCAAUUGACACUUACAAUGAAGUUGGCACAAGGGCUCUCCUGACAUCAUAACUACUACAAGUCGAGUUCAAAACAAAGUUUCAUGUAAAACAUUUUUAACUGAGAAGUUGAAUGUUUGUUUUUCAUGUAGCAAAUUCAGUAGAGAAGCUAUCCUGUCCCCUGCCCUGUCCCCCCGAAUACAUUUGCUUGGAAUCAGAGUGAUUUUGUAGACUGCAUUUCUGAGUCUGGCCAUUUAGCCUUGGAGGAGGACGUUAUAUUCAGUUUCUACGUGUGUAUAUGGCUUACAUAUGACAUUCAGAUUUAUAUACCUGGCAAAGAGAAAAGGCUGUGUAUGUAGCCACUGUCUCUAUUUAAAAGCAUUAUCAGCCCAUUGACAAAUAAAUCUCAAUUUUCCUGUUCAUAUAGGGAUAGGGGUAGAGGUGACUGGGAACUGCUAAUAUGUGGCAGUACUGGUUUAGAUAUGCCUGGUGAUUACAAUAAAAGGGUAGUAGUUCUGCCAAUUUGAGGAGGGUGAAAGCGCCUUGAGAGCCAAGUAUGUUCCCAGAUUUAUAAAAAAGAACCUCGCCACAAUAUAACAGUGUAAAUGGUGAAAAAAUAUACUUAUCUAAAUGAUAAAAAGACACCUUCUCUAAGAUCACUUCCCAGGUAGUAAUCUUAUAUCAACCGGAAUACAAACAAGACAAAUGGGAUACGGCUGUUGAAUCUAAAAAGAACAUAACAAAACAUAGUGUAAUACAAUCUAGUGUGAAUAUGUGCGCUAAAAUUAGAUGCACUCACAGGAAGAGGUGUAAAAUGCCCUCAAAGGGUGCCUCCCUUGAUGGUGAUGGGAGGUUAUGGAUCGCCUUCUUUGGUCUGUGUGUACUGCUGUGAAUCAGGACUCCAGAAAGUAGAUUGAAGAAAUAGUAGCUUUUAUUUCAAAUUAAAAAAAGUAAAAUGACACUUGGAUGCUGUAACGGAGCUCCCUGUACGUCGGCUCGGUACCUCUGCCAAGGACCACUUCCUAGCUGGAACAGGGAACAAACCGCAGCACUUUUGCCCACAGUUGUCGUGGCUUGACUGGGGUCCUGGAACCUCUCCCUCCUGGAGCCGAAUGGGGAAUUCGCUCUAGACACCCCCAGGAACUGGACGAUACUCGGUCCUGGGAGCUCUAGUCCUUACAAGGACUUUCCCCGCUGAAUCCUCCACGCUGGAACAAGCUGGAACAGUGAUUAGCCCUUUCCCCUCCCAGUAACCAGACGACACAUAGUUCUGGGAGUACAAGCUGGAAUAUGUUUAUUGGCAGCCACAACUGGCCUUAUAUGCAGGUCCCCAUGCAAAGGGCACGCCCCCCCCCCCCCAGGACCUGAGAGUAGACUACAGUAAAAACAUACACACGAUUACAUUGGCUCUCAGAUCCAGGACACUCCCGUACAAAACAAGACAACCCCUUCCCUGUACCUGGGAGAUAAUUGAGUCAAGCACUGUAUUAAACUCAAUUAUCUCCUGGCACAAAAAACACACAUUUUCCAAAUAUCCCAAAAGUACCUUAAAAAUACAUAAAACCCCACAAAAGUUACAUCCCCUUAAAACCCCCGAUCUGGGUGACCAACAUAUACAAAAAUCACCCAGAUUGGUUCAGGAAUUUCCUGGAAGUCAUAAUUUGACCGACCGCACACAUGGUCACAUGCCCAAAACAGUUCCAGAGAAUCGGAGCUUGCGGUCAGUCUAGUUCGGUAGUUUAAAAACCGAACAAACUACCGAACAGAGUCAAUGUUUUUACCCUGGAGCUUGUUCACCUUGUUCGUGGGAACAUUUCCACCAAACAGUGUCUUUGUAAGUGUUGUAGAACUGAACACAGGCGAUCAUGGAAUUCCAGCAGUGUCCGGGAGUUUCAGUGUCCGAAAAUAGUUCCAUGAACUCGACGACCAAACACCGCUGCCUGUGUUCAUGCGAACAAGAUGGCCGCCACCUCAUGGUCGUCCCUAGGAAUUGCGGCCACCCAGACGAACACUUGGAACACUGCAGUGGAAAUUGCUGCAAAGUAUCAAUUAGGCUUAACAAGCUCCGGGGUGGUCUCCGGUUCGUGCGGCUGUUCGGUUCCCAAACUAUAUGGUCCAAAUACACAAAUGGAGACUUUUACAUCACAUUUUACAGAUUCCAUAGUCUGUGGGCUGGAGGCUGGCAAGCAGUCUCCUCCAGGAACUCGUGGCAAACUCACUUGGACAGAGGAGUUUGUCACAGAUGAUAAAAGCAAUAAUGGGUCAUACGAGUUUCGUCCCAAGCAUGGAACUUCCUCAGGGUCCUUAGAUGUUAAUUUUUUUUGGUAAACUCUCAAACAAAGCAGCCUCGAAGUUAAAACAAAUUGUAAACUCUCAAACAAAGCAGCCUUGGCGUUAAAACAAAUGGUAUACUCUCAAACAAAGCAGCCUUUUCUGUUCAUAUAUGGAUAGGUGUAGAGGUGACCGGGAACUGCUAAUAUGUGGCAGUACUGGUCUAGAUAUGACUGGUGAUUACAAUAAAAGGGUAGUAGCUCUGCCAAUUUAAGGAUAGUGAAAGUGCCUUGAGAGACAAGUAUUUUUCCAGAUUUGCCAACAUCAUUUUUAUAAUUUUUUUUUUUCCCCCAUAUGCUCUACGUGUUCCAGAUUAUUAUUUUGGGACUCUUGAAUCGCACAUUCUACUCAGAAAGAAGAGUAAAAUGCACCUUGUCCCAUUUCCAACCAUCUUUUCUUUAAUUACCCUAAUCCAACCAUCGCGUGGUAGGCAUGCCAUUUCCACAGUGAUACUUUACUCUCCUGAGCCACUAAUGUUCCCAAACAAGUCAGGACAGAUAAGACAGAUACAAAAUGUAUGUGUCUGUAACAUUGAGGAGUUAAUUUAAGCCUCAUUUAUGAUGAUUUAUGAAAAACGUUUUGUUUUGUUUUUCCAUUUUCUUGGGAUGUAUGUUAAAAAUGUCACAAUUGACAUCACAACCCAGCAAGGGCACACAUUGAAUCGGAGGUGGAGAAACAGAAGUAUUGGGAGAUAUUAAUCAAAGUAUUCAUAAAAGUGUCCUUUAUUUUUAUUUUUGUAUUUAUGUUCUAAAAAGUGUUGACUUUUCUCUGCCUAAAUUCUGACACUUUUUCCGCAGACAAGUCCAUUUUUAAAAAGAAUGCAGAAUUCACAUUGGCGAAACAAAAGAUUAGGGAAGCAGAACACUUUUCUGUCAGGAAGUGAUGGAAAGAUUGAUAAAGUUUCCAAAAAACUGGCAUAAAUUCAGAAAUUAUGAUUAGGGCACAAAUAAAGUGGGUGGCAGCUACCCUCCCCCCCCUGCAACAUGAAAUCUGCUGGCACAUUAAAGCGCGUGGCAGAUUCUUGAAUGCGAGGGGAGGUCUUGUGGACAUGACCCAAAAAUGUGGGACUGUCCUUGCAAAAUCAGGACUGUUGGCACUACUGUUAGUAGCAAAUAACCCCAGGAUUUAUUUACUACACAAAGAAUUGUGGUGAUUUAAAAACUGAAUUAAAAAAAAUGUAGUCUAAAUUAGCCAAGCUGUGUCUACAAAGUUAGACAAUUUUCUUAUGUUGUCUGUUUUGCUAAAGAUUUUGCAAUCUGUUUUUUAUUUCAUUGUACUCGAUUAUAUUGUGAGGCAAUAGAAAUUGACUAUUGUCCCUAAGGAUAAUUGUAUCCCAUUUUUAUUAGACUAUAUCAAAACACACUUUGCAAAGUUAGUCGCUACAGUGUGACUGGGAAUUCAAAGAGAAUUAUUUACUAAACAUCGAAUUGUAAAGAAGUAAAAAUCCAUUUGCUGAAAUGAUACCAUUUGGCUUACAUUUCAGUACAAUUUAUUGUUUAGAGAAUUAAAGGACCACUCUAGUGCCAGGAAAACAUACUCAUUUUCCUGGCACUAUAGUGCCCUGAGGGUGCCCCCACCCUCAGGGUCCCCCUCCCCCCCGGCUCUGGGGAGAGGAAAGGGGUUAAAACUUACCUUUUUCCAGCGCUGGGCGGAGAGCUCUCCUCCUUCUCUCCUCCUCUGUUCCGCCACGUCGGCUGAAUGCGCACGCGCGGCAAGAGCUGCGCGCGCAUUCAGCCGGUCGCAUAGGAAAGCAUUUACAAUGCUUUCCUAUGGACGCUUGCGUGCUCUCACUGUGAAAAUCACAGUGAGAAGCACGCAAGCGCCUCUAGUGGCUGUCAAUGAGACAGCCACUAGAGGAUUAGGGGGAAGGCUUAACCCAUUCAUAAACAUAGCAGUUUCUCUGAAACUGCUAUGUUUAUAAAAAAAUGGGUUAACCCUAGAAGGACCUGGCACCCAGACCACUUCAUUAAGCUGAAGUGGUCUGGGUGCCUAGAGUGGUCCUUUAAUUACAGACCAAUGUGUCUGAACGGAAAAUAUACCCGAUUUGGAGGUGCAAUAAAGAUAAAAAGACGUUCUGGAGACACAACGCAGAGAAUCUCACAUGCUUAAAGGAUUAUACUGAUAUUUUAUUACUGUUAUUCUUUUCAGUGCAUUCUGGGUAGGCCUUGCAACAUUCCUGCAGAUUGAGAUAGCAGUAUUGAGAUAAUCUGUGAAUUGAAAUCACAUUGCUAAAUUUAAACUAAAAUAGCUAAACUGUGAGAAGUGUUAAAGGAACACUAAAGGGUCAGGAACACACACACAUGUAUUCCUGAUCGUAUAGUGCUAAACUCACCAUUUAGGUGGCUUGCCCCCAUCUUAUCCCCCUUAAAAGGAAUUCAAACUCACCUUAUUUCCAGCGCCACGUGGGUCCGCUGGCACUGGCCCCGCCCCCUUUGUGACAUCUCAGAAUUGCUGAUUUUUUAUUUUUUUUUGCCAAUCCAAUGCAUUCCCAUGAGGAAAGCAUUGGAUUGGCUUAAAUUGGCAGCGGGGGGGGGGGGAGGACAAAAGCCAUUUUGGCCAAUCAGCAUCUGCUCAUAGAGAUGCAUUGAAUCAGUGCAUCUCUAGGAGGAAAAUUCAGCGUCUCCAUGCAGAGGGUGGGGACGCUGAGCGGCAGCACUGCCUACUGUGCAGCACUGAGCCAGGAAGCACCUCCGGUGGUCAUCUAAAGAAUGGCUACUUGGAGGUGUCCCUAGGGGCAAUGUAAACACUGCUUUUUCACGAAAAAUACAGUGUUUGCAUGAAAAUGCUUGAAUGCAAUGAUUAUACUCACCAGAACAUCUACAUUAAGCUGCAGUUUUUCUGGUGACUAUAGUGUCCCUUUAAGCUUGAAUAUUAUCUAUAUUGGCCUUAUUUUGCUGCUCAGUUUUAUGCUCAUUAAAGUUCAUUGAUUAUCAUUAGUUAAUAAACCCUUAGUCGUUGUCAUGGAGGUUGGCAUUAAGAUUUAAAAAAAGAACAAAAGUGCGAUGUGCCUUUAAGUGCUAAUGUAACAAUAUGAACAAUUUGUAAACAAAUAGUGAUCCAACAGUAGUGAAUAAAGUGCAAAUAUAAUAUAUAUAUUAUUAAAGUGCAAAUAAAUUAAAUCCAGUAGUAAAUAUCCUUAAGAUUUAAGUAUAUUUUAAAAAUCACUCAAAUUUCUAUAUUAGCAACUGAUGUGAAGUGUUACAGAAAUGCAUUAAUUCUUGAUUUUAGUUGUUUUUAAAUAUUGGUAAUUUUCUAUAAUACCCCAGUGGCAAAACAGGAUGGUUUAUUCACUAAAUAUUAAAUUGUGGUGAAUUUCUGUCCUAAUGUGUUUUAUACCCCACCUCCUAUAGACUGUAAGCUCGUUUGAGCAGGGUGCUCCUCAACCUAUCGUUCCUGUAAGUAUAUUUGUAAUUUUCCUAUUUAUAGUUAAAUCCCCCCUCUCGUAAUAUUGUUAAGCGCUACGGAAUCUGUUGGCGUUAUAUAAAUGGAGAUAAUAAUACUUGAAAAUAAAUUUCUAAUCCUACGCUAAAAAAAUAGUCCAAAAGUACUCUGAUUCAGCUGUUUAUCCACUUCUAAUCUUGUGCCCUACGUUUUUGUUUUAUAUUCUAAUUUGCUUAUUGAAUAAAUCCCAGAGUAUUUGAUCUAUUUCUAUGGUGUGAUGCUAUGAGGAAUCUCUGGGCAAGAUUUGCAAAAUUCAUUGUAAAAUACAUUUUGUAGUCGAUAUAUUCAUUUUACAAAAAUAUGAUAUUUGAAAGAAAAAGGUUUUAGUCCAGCUAUUUUGGUAGCAAAUUUGCAGUUUCUGUGUGCUAUUUACAAAGAUGACACACUCAGAAGGCAGGAGUUGUUCGGCACAAGGCCCUCCAUUUUUAUUUUAGGAUGCUAGAAGUUGUAGUUAAGAAAACAAAUUGGUGAGCUCAGAGUUAUUUUGUUGCUGUCGGUAAACUAUGCAGCCUAUGAACGUGAAAAAAUAUAAAUGAAAGCUUUCAUGUCGUCUACAUUAUUUUAUUCUGUCUGCUAAACUUGUAAUAUCCCCUCUGUGGAUUUCCGCAAGCUGUCUGUUUUUCUUUUAUUAAUAUUUGGAUGAAAAAUGAUUGUUUUCUUAGCCUCUUGUGUCUGAUGUUGCCAUAGUAACAUUAAGACUGGAAUGGUCGCUGAGUAGGGCUCCAUUUUGAUUGCUGGGAUUCUUGCAAUUUUAACUCCUAGCUCUAGGCACGGAGUAUGUUUGAGUUGGGUUAUCUGAGCUCCCUUCUGGUGUUUCUAGACUUCAAUUCCUAUCAGCCCCAGCCAUUCAGACUUGGGUUUUCUUGUUCCAAAUUUUGCACAGCUUUGAGGCUGAUAUAAAAAAAAAAAAAAAAGUCUGCUUUAAUGAUUAAACCGAGGAAAAUGAAUUACAGCAGUCGGGAAUGUUAUGGAAGGGAAGAGGUUAAUUGCCACAGGGCACUGUUUAUGUGGUUUUGCGAGGGCUGGUGUUGUGUAUUUUAUUUUUACAUUGUGGCUGUAAAUAUCCCUUUCUGAGCCUUAGAUUCCAUUUCCAAGGGUUGGGCCGCAGCCUCCGCCUGCUAGCUGUCGCAGUUCUGUUAACAUUCCUUUUUUUUUUUUUUUUUAAAGAAAACAAUCAAUUUUUUGAUUAUUUUCUUUAUAUAUACUCAUUAGUUUUUUUAAUAACUUUUACUGCAGAUAUCACUUAUCUGAAAUGUACCUAGAAAAAUAAAACAGAUUGCAGUAUUUUCUAAAUUACUUUUUAUUUUAAAUUUCAGGUUUAAUUUAAUUAUGCCUUUUCUUUCAUUAUUUAAAUGAAUUUUGAAAAAAAGGUUUGUUUGUCUUGGAGAUCCCCGUUUCUUUUUUGCGUGUAUACAAAUAUAACCACUUCCUCAUAAUAAUUACCUAAGGCUAGAGAAUGUAUUUUUCUUUAUGCUGAGUUGGGGUGGGGGCUUAAAAACCCACUCUCUAGAACGUAGGGAUAAACCAUGUUUUCUUAAAAUGUGAUGGCUCAAAGUUAGAAUAACAGCCGUCGUCAGACUACAACUUCCAUGAUACUUUGCAAACCUUAAAGGGUAACAUUAAACAUCUUAAAACUGUGCACAUAGGUUAUACAGAUAUUUUAUUGCCAUCAUAAAGGGACAGCAUAUAUGCAACAUAAACACUACAUUAAGGUGCGGACAUGUUGAUGCUUAGAAUGUCCGUUUUAGAGGUUUAGAGUAGACCAUUGUACACAAAAGUAACAAGACAAGCUUCCACGGAGGCAAACAAAUGUAUAUUUUGUAAACAAAGUGCUACCAAAUAUGUGGCUGGCUAACCACGGCACUGCAGGUGUUGGGGGACCAUAUUUCCACUUGACUGAUAUAGAUGACAUUACAUUAUUUCCAUAUUCUCUCUGUUCUCUUCCAGAAUCUCUUAAUGAUGUUACUCUUCAUGUAUAAGUCCAGAUGUGGACAUAGCUGGUAAAAAGAGACAGACAACGUGAGUUUAUCAACUGGCUGCAUUCAGAGAACUACUGCCCUUGGUGAGUCCUUAAGUAGGGAAUGUUUUUCAUGAGAAUUCACAAUGGCAUGACAUCGGGAGUGGGGCUGGACGUUUGUCUCUUUACUCUGCAAUCACAGAAAUUCCUAAGUAGAACAUGUUGAACUGAGGAUAUAAAUAACUUAAUAACUAAUGUGGCAGCAAUUUUUGAUAAAUGCAGCCUCUUACUGCAGCUGGCCCUGCCACAUUCCGCCUCCUUGGCUAAGAUCAUCAAAUUUGAUCAUCUCAGCCAAUUCAAUGCUUUCCCACAGGAAAGCAUUGGAAGACUCUUGUGCAUGCGCAGAAAAACUCUGCGCUACACCAAUCACCAUCUCCUCAUAGAGAUGAAUUGACUUAUGAAUCUCUAUGGGAAGCUCUGCAUGGAGACGCUGAAUGCCAGUGCUGCACAUUGUGCAGCACUUAGCCAGGGAGCAUCUCUAGUGGCCGUCUGAGUGACUGCCACUGGAGGUGGUCCCAGGUCCCAUUUCUCUGAAAAAGCUGUGUUUACGUUAAAAAGCCUGCAAAGACAGGCUGUGAAAACCACAGCAACUACAUUAAAGGGACACUAUAGUCACCUGAACAACUACAGCUUAUUGUAGUUGUUCAGGUGAGAUCUAUAGCUCCCUGCAGGCAAUCUAAUGUAAACACUGUAUUUUCAGAGAAAAUACAGUGUUUACAUUGAUUGAUAGGAAUACCUCCAGUGGCCGUCACUCAGACGGCCACCAGAAGGACUUCCUAUCAUGCAGGGCCCUGUACACGUCAGAUGUAUUAAAAUACGUCUGACGUGUGCAGGAGAGAGAAGGCACUAUGUGCGCGCCUUCUCUCUUCUGCCUGUCAGCAGAGGAGAGGGGCGGGCAAAGACCGCGAGCUGAGCUGUCAGUCAGCUCAGCUCGCAGCCGCACACACCGCGCUCAGGACUUCAGAGGGCGUCAUGAAUGCCGCCCUCUGAAGUAUGUGCGCAUGUGCGGCAAAGCCGCGCAUGCGCACAAGGGAGCAAUGACGAUUCCAAAUGGAAGCGUCUGAUUGCUCCCUGCUCGCGCCCGCCUAUUUUGUUAUUUUGAUGAAAUAGGGGGUGCGGCUUCACAGGCUCCCGGCGCUGGAACCAGGUGAGUAAAAACUGCAGCCUGGAGAGUCCCUUUAAGCUGCAGUUAUUGUGUUGACUAUAGUGUCCAUUUAAAUUGAAUAUGCUGGCAGUAUAAUUCAAACUACAGCUGUGUGUUUCCCAUUGGUCUCCAUGCUCAUUUUUACAUUGUACAUUAUAACAUUCUUGCUUUUUCAUUUUUUUUUUAGGAGGCAUGAUGACAUCAGAGAGUGUGUUGCUUCUGCACUGAUUCAGCUCAUGUGGUGUCCCACCAGGUGCAUGCGAUACCUCCAGAAGAUAGUUGGAUAGUGUCCAGACAAGCUCACUGGCACGGGCAACCUGAAGAAACCUAACUUUUAAUGAGAAAGAUCAUCCUACAAAGGCAGUGAUCCAUUGCAGGACAAAUACCCUAUUCCUAGUCAACAAUAAAAGGUAAGAUUGGCUGUAAUUGAUGUAUUUUGUGGUUUUGAACACUUACAGGGGAGAUGUAUUUAAGUGUCUAAAUGUGAAGCCUAAUCCACCUGCACAUUCUGGUUUGUACAAUGAUUGUUCUACUUUUCACUGAAAUUACUUUUUAAAAUAAUCCCCAAUGAGUCCAAGUGUAAUGACUAUUUAUGGAUUGUUGAUCAUACGGCAAUCAGAGCACUGUAAUAAUGUUUAAUAAUAGAUAUACUGGUGACUUCUUUCCCCAAAAAAUAAUUAAAUACUUUAAACAAAACUCAAUAUUUAUUUGAAAUGUGGGAUGCUUAUCUAUCUAUAGAAAUUAAAACACUAGGUUGUUGUCUAGGAACACUAGAUACUUCAGAAGAAUAUUUUUAAUUGAAUUGUAUUUAUUUUGUAGAACUAAUUAGGAUCUAAAUUUAUUAGGGAUCAUUCAGUACCUUUUCUUGCAUUCCUUCCUGCAUAAAAAUUAGAAUAGGCUCACAUUAAUCUAGUAACACGCUAAUAGAAAUAUAAAUGUUCAUAUAUCCUGUUCAUGAGGAUUUUUGGGAAUGCGGGUUUCCUAAAAUGCCAGCAAAAUGUAAACGUGAUGUGUGUACAGAUAUGAUGCCACAUACAAGAAAUACAGGCGCAACCAUGCAUCCCGUUAAUAUGCCUUUCUAAUUGUUGUAUUCAGCUAUUUCAGCUACUUCCACUACUGACGGGUGUAGCCUAACAAUCACAUAUGUGCACUCUCCAUAAGAAAACAUUACAUAUCGAUUGGUCAGUACUGUGUAGCUCAGUAUUGUUCAUUCCUUAUCCAUUAAGUCAGCUACCCUACUCAAUUCUAAAUGACAUUCUUUUUAAAUGAAAACAUAUUCGAGCAAAAAUAGUAAACUGCUAAGCAGUUUUUCACCUUAGCUUACAGAGUGGGACCUUUAAAAGUUGAAACACAUAAAAAUCAUCUGCUGUAAGAGAAAUUGCGUAAGUCGUAAUUUCCUCUGGAAUCACUGUCAGCAAGAAUUGUUUUUAAGGAGCCGCAACCGAGCUGCCAUACAUAGGUCUUUGAAGAAGUGUUGCAGUUGGACUCUAGAUCGGGGGAAAUGUGUUUUCUAGAGAGGUGGGGCAAGCCUCAUCUGUGAACAUCUGUGAUUGACAAUGAGUGACUCGAGAUAUGGUGGAUGCCCAGAGUACAUGCCUGACCACAUACUGUAAACAUAGUGUUUUUGCGUUGGAGUUAUAAUGGUCUGGCCUGAUGUUUUCAUUCCCAGUUGAGUUAUUUAAAAAAACAUAAGUCUGUGCUUCUUAAAUUUGAGGCAACAUUUUGCAUCCAAUACCGUUUAAAAAUGUUGGGUAUCCCUUGCACCAGGUUAAGUCCAUAAGCCAAUUACUUGUCAAGAUUGAUAUUGAAGAAAUUUUGUUGUUGAAGGAAAUGGAUCCCUGCUCUCGGUCCCAUUAAACUCUUUAAAGUGAACAAGAACCGCAACUUUAGGAGAGCCUUAUCUACCAAAAUUACUGUCCUACGUCACUAAGGCCUCAAUUUAAAAAAACUUUCUAAAUAAUAAGGUUUGCUUUCUACCAGACCUCCAAAGUGAAAUUACCAUGAUGAGAGAAUUUUAACUUGGGGCCUGCUUUUUUUAUGUCUAUAAUUAGACCCUAUUACUUCCGAUAAACCUGGUUAUGGCGUACAUGGUAGGUAUUCUUAUACUGGGAGGAAGAAUCAAAAUAUAAACCUUUACGAUAUUAGGAGAGAGCAAGCCUGUGAAAUUCACCAUGUUGUGUAAAUGCUGCUAAAUUUAUCCAAAAUUUGUGAUAAAAUUACAUGAACAAAAUCCAAAAUGUUUUUUGUAAAAAAAACUAGAUUGCCUUAUUCUCUUGAUGGAAUGCCAUGAUGGGGAACUUGGAAAUAUCAUGGGUGCUCUUGAGCCUCAAUUGUGACUUUAGCCCAGUAAAAAACGAUGUCAAAACUGAAUGUCUGAAUUCUAAAAUUAACAGAGAUUUAAUUUGAUCAAUUAACUUCCGUCAAAAUCUGUCAACAUGCCAUUGAGGGUUUGCUGUACCGAGGGGGUGAAAUAAUUGAAUGAAAUAAUUAAGUGUAGGAAAGACAUCUCGCAAAAUUGCCAGAUUGGCCUCAUUCACAAACACACAGCAUCAUGGAAAAAUAUCAGUCACUAGCGUGUUCAGUAUUGCAAAUUGGUUUUAUUGCUGUAAUACGCUAUAGAGUUCUCCCUCAUCAUUGUUGAAUUUUAUCUACUUUUUAUUAUGACUUUUGUUUUAUUUUAUAUUCAUUUUAUUUCUUUAUAAAAGAAGUAGCAGAGCAGUCUAAAUUGCAUAAAUUUAAAGAAACAAAACAGUUAUCCAAACAGUGCAAUAAAAAGUAAAUUAGCAAGUUGUGUAUCUGGAACAAAUAACAUAGAUGUACAUUAUUGUCAGAAGACAAACCAUAGCACAUCAAAAUAUUUGCAUCUAAUGAUAAAGUAAAUAAUAACAGCAAACUAGUAGAUACACUGCAUGGAAAGCAAUCUUGAAAUAAGUUCCUUUAUUUUUGGUGAUAUGUCAAUGUUUUGUUUUUUUCUGUCUUAUUCUUAAUAAUUAUGUAGUUUCUUGACUUGUGUUUAUUUAUUUUUAUGUGGUGUGAUUACUGAUUAUUUUUUUUUACCCCAUCCAGCUUUUUGUUACCAUGGUAAAUUAGCACAUUCUCAAUUUUAUUUCAUCCCCAGCAUUCGUGACAAUGAUGGAGAAUGGUGAAGAGACAUACGUUCAGGAGGGUAAUCGAGCAACGACUAGCCGCAGUGAGAGUAAGGAUUAAUGUGACAUUUUAAAACAUGCAAAACAAAAACUAAAACACUGACAAUAACUGCCACAUGAUGUUUAAAUAAAUGUUUCUAAAUACAAUUAUCAUAUAGAAUAUAAACAUAGCAUGGAUCAGAGUGCAUGCUCUAGUAGACUCUAAAAUAUCUACUCCGAUAUAAUAGACUCUAUAGUCCACAUCUCCUCGGAUAUAAUCAAAUUUCUCCUCAGAUAUAAUACUACCUACAGUAGAAUUCACAUCUCCACCUAGACUAGAUAGAACCUAGAAUCAACAUCUCCUCCAAUAUCAUAGAAUCAUAUCAAUAUCAUAGAAUCUUGAAUCCACAUCUCCUCAGAUAUAUUAUAACCUAGAAUCCACAUCUCCUCAGAUAUAACAGAACCUAGAAUCCAUGUCUUCUCAUAUACUAUAGAACCUAGAAUAUAAUAACCUAGAGUCCACAUCUACUCAUAUAAAAUAGAACCUAGAAUCCACAUCUCCUAAGACAUCAUAUUACCGACAGUGGAAUCCACAUCUCCUCAGACAUAAUACUACUGACAGUGGAAUCCACAUCUCCACACAUAAAAUGGAGCCUUGAAUCCACAUUUCCUCAGAUAUAAUAGAACCUAGAAUCCACGUCUCUUCAGAUAUAAUAUUACUUUACUUACAGUAAAAUUCACAUCUCAUGUAGAAUAGAACCUCAAAUUCACAUAUCUUCAUAUAUAGUAGAAUUUAGAAUUCACAUCUCAUCAGAUAAAAUAGAGCCUAGAAUUCACAUUUCCUCAGAUAUAAUCAAACCUAGCAUCCACAUCUCCGAUAUCAUAGAACCUAGAAUCCACAUCUCCGAUAUCAUAGAACCUAGAAUCCACAUCUCCUCAGAUAUAAUACUAACAGUAGAAUUCAUAUCUCCUCAGGUAUAAUAGAACCUAAAAUCCAAAUCUUCUCGUAUAUAAUACGAACGAUGAACCCACAUCUUGUCAAUUAUAAUAGAACGUAGAAUCUACAUUUCCUCAGAUAUAAUAGAACCUAGAACCCACAUAUCCUUGGAGGUAAUAGGACCCUAGUAUUUAAAUUUCUUCAAAUAUAAUUUACCCUGGAAACCACAUAUCCUUGGAUGUAAUAGAAUCGAGAAUCCACAUCACUUCAGUAAUAAUAGAACCUAGAAUCUACAUCUCGUCAUUAUAAAAUAAUCUAUAAUCCACAUCUUCUUGGAUGUAAUAGGACCCUAGUAUUUACAUUUCGUCAGAUAUAAUUUACCCUGGAAACCACAUCUCUUUGGAUAUAAUAGAACCUAGAAUCCACACCUGCUCACAUAUAAUAAACCCUAAAGACUUUUUUCCAUCACGAUUACCUGACUCUUGCCAUUUCUUGCUCCUGUGGAAUCUUCAUGAAUUUAAAUCUGCCUAUGCCUGUCUUACAAGACGUACACCAAUAGCCUACAUGGAGUUGGAAAAAAUUGGUCCGCUGCUGUUUGAAUAAGCUUGGGACCUUGUCACCCAAAGCAGUCUCCAUUCCUUUCAGAACUUGGUAGAUACUUUUUACCUCGAAGAAGGGACAUUUAUAGACGUGACCCAUCCAUUUUACUCCCUGUGAGUGGUGGUUGUACCUCUUUUAUAUAUCUGGCUCAUGGUCAUAUUUUUGCCAUGAGCAGUAUGUUCUUAUGCUAUGAGAUACUUCUACAAUUCCCCUAGCUUCCUGCAUGUCUACCGAGAAAUGGACCUAAACAAAACAUCCCAGGAGAUAAAUUGGAAUAACUCUUAAUUACAAUAAUAAUAAUUAAAGUGUUUUACCCAUUGUACAAACCAUAUUGAGCUUUUACAGUAUAGUAUUCUAAUGUAGUAUACAUCAAAUCUUUCUAAUAAAAAAAUGUAUUGGUAAAAUAUUAAUGUGGACUCUAGGGUCUAUCUUCUGAGAUAUUUAAUAAUGAAUCACUUCAGAUAUGAUUUAAGAUCAAUUCCACAUUCCCUCAGACAUAAUAAACUUUAGGAUCCACAUCUUCUUAGAUAUUUUCAGUUGCAAAUUGUUGUAGACCCAAUGUUCAGAUGUAAUCAUCAUGAAACAUCUUGAUUGGAAUAGAUCCAGAAUGCCACAUUUGAUCAGAUAUUUAGUUGCAAAACCCCUUCAAAAGAUAUAUCUUGCCACAUUUCUUCAGCUUGUUAAAGAGAACAGUCCAUUCUCAUAGAUGCCACAUCUAUCAAUCUUUCAAUAUUUGUCUGUGAAACUAUUCCAAUAGACUCAACAAUACACAUUUCUUCAGAUUUAGUGAUUAAAAACUGUUUUCGUAGACCCAUUCCAAUCAUGCAAUAUCUCCUAAUACAUUGAGCAGUGGAACAUCUCUAAACAUACUAGCUGUGAGACAAUUCUCAUAGAUCCAGCAUUCCACACGUCAUGAAAUAUAUAGCCAUAAAACCAUUUCCAAAGGCUCAACACUUUCCAUCACCUCAGUAGCUGUGAAACCUUUGUACAUUUACCCAACAUCUCACAACUCUGUAGAUACAAAGCAGAUUUGUAUUUCUUUAUAGACAAAACCUACAAAAAAGAAAUAGAAAAUCUCCCUGAAAGAUCAAAUUGGCACUUACAUUGGAUUUGUUUUGUCUGCUUAGUUUCAGAAUGUUGGACUGGUAUAAGGACAGAAGAAGUGAGACCAUUUGUUCCUCUUCUUGGCAAGAUGCCAGAAGGUCAGACACCUUCACAGUCCCCACUCAUGUUAAGUAGCAUUGAUGAGCACCAGAACCGCUGGAGAGAUAAACCAGGACACCGAUUGCUGGAAGCCGAAACAGUUUGCCAGCCUGGUCCUGCACCUGUGCAAUAUGGAUACCCUGCUGGUCAAAGCUCUCCAGCAUCCUUAACACUUUUGGAGAAGCCAAGAACCACAGAGCCAAGUACUGUGGAACAGAGUGUUGCAGAACCACGGGUAGUAAGAAUAUCAGAAGACUCCAAUACACAACCUGUUUUGCAUGGUGCAACACCAAUGCCAACAAGUUUUGGUAAAGUAGACAAAGAAAGUGGGAUGCUCACUAGACCUCAGGGUUGGACUAAUGUUGACACACAAUCAAGGAAUAUAGAUGAAAACAAAAGAAAAGAAAUUGGCACUUCAGAACAGCCAGGUCCACGAUAUUGGGGUCUGUUCCAAUGCUCAUUCUGCAAUUUUGUUUUCCAGGAUCUCUCUGAGCUUUUACAGCAUCAAGAAACCCACAACCAAGAUAAGUUCCAAGGAAUCGGACAUGAGCUUGUUCAGUCAGAUCAGCAAGAUGAGACUGCAUGUGAAUGGCGUAGAUACCGAUGCAUCGUGUGUGACAAAAUCUUCUGCAAACAAUCGUCUCUGGUUACUCAUCUGCGUAUACAUACAGGUGAGAAGCCUUUCUCAUGUCAUGUAUGUCGAAGAAAAUUUAACCAACGUACAAGCCUCACUGUCCAUCUUCGAACUCACACAGGAGAGGCACCAUUCCGCUGCAACAAGUGUAGCAAGAGCUUCCGACAACAAUCCAAUCUCACCCAUCACAUGAAGAGCCACCAGAGAAUAGAAGAGCUUGAUGGAAUAGAGUGGAGUGAAGAGAACAGGGCUCCAGGACUUCCUUUGAUGUAUCUCAUAUCAGAAGGGAAUGAAUCCACUAGUGAGGUUUGGGGUACAAAAGGUACUGUUCUUAAAGGUGGCAAAGAAGAAGAACCUGCAUCUUGUAAAAGACCCUAUGUAUGCGGCCACUGUUUCAAACGCUUUACCCAUCAGUCCAAUCUCAUGGUUCAUCAGCGUAUUCACACAGGGGACCGAUCAUACAGAUGUCAAGAAUGUGGCAAACAUUUCAGUAGAAGAACCAGCUUGAUGGUUCACCUGCGUGGCCACACAGGAGAAAUGCCAUACUCCUGUCAGCAGUGCGGAAAGAGUUUCCGUCAGCAAUCCAAUCUUCUCUACCACAUGAAGAGUCAUGCAGGACUAAUUGACUUGAAAGCAGAAGUCCCCUCUGGCAGUGCUAAUAAGCAAACAGUGAAGCUGUCUGGUCAGCUGAUUGGGCCAUCGGGCCAGUAUGUGGACAGAGGAGAAUAUCCACAACUUUUAAACAUUGGCAGUGUUGGAGGAGUGAGAGGAGAAGAUGGCCAGGUGAGGGCCUACCAAUGUAACCAGUGCUCAAAAUGGUUUCCCACUACCUCCAGCCUCCUACUUCACCAAAAGCUUCACAUGGAACAACCAAAUAGUAUAAUGCAGUGCAGAGAAAUUCAGGUCCAAUACCCCAUUAAUAGGGGUCCUCCACAUACAUACACUGAGAACAUGCUGUCUUCUCGACAUGAGCUUGAAGGGUUUCCACAGCCCCUUUUUAAGUUCCCUCCACGUACUGAGGGAAAUAGUGUCCCAGUCAUUCCAAAUGGCUCUGAGUCAAAUGUCGUUCCUCAGCCAGGAAAUAGCACUGGAUUUCAAAGAAUAGGAGGCAUUACUGCAGAGAAGGUACCUGUAAAGGGUCCUUUCCAGAUUAGGGGAAGAGGAAGGCCAAGAAAAAACCCUUUGGUAGGUCAAGGACAAGGUCCUAUGAUGGCUCUUUUAACGGGCAAAGCUAUUCACAAGUGUUGGAAGUGCCCAAGACGUUUUAAUAAUAAGUCAAACCUGAUCGUCCACUUGCGUAUUCACACUGGUGAACGUCCUUACCAGUGUUGGAAAUGUGAGAAAAGAUUCAGACAGCAAUCAAACUUGAUCCAACAUCUCAGGAAUCAUCAGGAACUUUUCCGAGAUGACCUUUCCCCAGAACCGAGAAAAGAGACAAACAAAGAACAGGAGAAUGGCAAGAAUCAGCCAGACAUGAUGAUGCUUCAACCAUCCACUGUUGGCCAAGCUCGUUGGACAUUUUUUCCAUUCACAGAUGGGAGCCAAAUCAACCACAGUGGGCAGCUGUUUGACCCUCCACAGACUGUAAAUCUGACUGAAAUUUCCCCUGCCACUCCGUGUGUCAAUUCAGGGACCGAUGCCAUUCCUCCAUCAGCUGACAGAUCUUUCAAGUGCAGAAGCUGUUUUAAGACAUUUAAUCACAAAUCGAAUCUCUUAGUCCACGAGCGUAUACACUCAGGCGACAAGACCUACCGCUGCCAAGAGUGUGGAAAGCAAUUCAGUCAACGCACAAGUCUGAUGGUUCAUCUAAGAACCCAUACUGGAGAGAUGCCCUAUUCAUGCUUGCAGUGCAGGAGACGUUUCCGUCAACAGUCCAACCUGCUUUAUCACAUUAAGACCAAUACAGUGCAAGGCCUCCUCAAGUGCACCACAGAACACUUACCAAACUCUCCAACACUUUCAGGAAUAGAGUCUGGAGGGGAAAACAGUAUUGGAUCUGAUAUGGAGUCCACACCUGGGCAUGCACCUAUUUGGAUGCAUUUGGACUCAAACCCAAAAAGCCAAAUGUCUCCUGCCCCUCCAAAUGAGAAUACAAAAGUGGAGUUUCACUGUCCUGAAUGUGACAAAGUAUUUACUCACCAAUCCAAUUUGCUGGUUCAUCAACGGAUCCAUUCUGGAGAGCGGGCGUACCGUUGCCAUGAAUGCAACCGUCAGUUCAGUCAACGCACUAGCCUGAUGAUCCAUUUGCGUACUCACACUGGUGAGAUGCCAUACUCCUGCCAGUGCUGCGGUAAGAGAUUCAGACAGCAAUCAAACUUACUAUACCACUUGAAGAGCCACGCAGAGCAGGGCAGUAUUAUGGAUUCUAUUCCAAGUUCAGAUUAUGCAGCUCCCAAGGCAAGAGGCAGGCCACGGAAAAGUGAGUCUAGUGAGGGGAAUAGGGACAAAAGUUUAAUGCCUAGGGGCAAGCGUACCUACAAGUGCACAGAGUGUCCAAGGCGUUAUAACCUCAUGUCUAAUUUAGUCACUCAUCAGAGAUCGCACGAUCAACAGCCUCUGUACAGUUGCUCAGAAUGUGGCGAGAGUUUCCUUCAGCAGAGUUACCUCACCGUCCACAAAAAACUCCAUGCCAAGCGGGACACUCCCCAACUUGGGGCCCAGUAUUGCUGGAAGCCGAGCCAGGAGAUGAUGGACAUCAGAAGUUCAGGUAGAGAAGAGGAGAGAGGAGCUGUGUACAUACAGCACGAGAAAUAGGCAGGGAUCCUGUGGCAAAUGUCUGAAAAUAGGGCACAGAGUAGGUGUUAGACUCAAGCAAGGUGACCCUAAGAAGAAAAGCAAUAUUAUAAUCAUAGGAAGAAAAGUCUGGGGGUGAGGAUAUAUGGGGGUGCCUGUGAAAUUCCUUUGCAAUAUCCAACAGUCAAUUGGCAGUGCUGCAUCUCCAAGAUGCUGUAAAAUUCUCAAGGGACUGGUCAAUAAACUCUGCGUUGUGCCAAAUAUACUUCUGACUUGGUCGUUGUCCAACAAUUGACCACAGUCCACUUGACGGCAACAUCAUAGAACUUGGCAGAAUCUCAGAGUCUGUGAGAAGUCUGCAGAAUUUCGCAGAAGCAGCGGCUAAAACGUGGUGACUCAAUAGUGUAGCUCUAUAUUUAAAUUAUUUCUCCUGAAAAAUGGAGGUAGGAGAAAUUUCAACUCUUUUGAGGUUAUGUACAGGAUGAGGAAUUGUGGAGAAUUAACAAGGGAUUGUGACUUUUAUGCCAUUAUAGUGGAGUUGUAGACAUUUUACAAUUUGGCUAUUUAUAAAAGAAAUGUGCAAUUUCCUUGUCCAUUCUCAACACUUUCUGUUUUGGUGAAUAAAUCCAGUUGCGUUGUAUACCCAUCUUGCACAAAUUAUUAUUAUUUUUUUCUUUUCAUAGUGAUUGUAGUUAAUAUCCACACUAUACAUAGAAUAUAAAAGCCUGUUACCAUUGCUACAGCCUCCGCAGUGAGGGAUAGCAUGUAUUUAGGCAUCAACAUAGUGUGACAUCAAGGAUAAGUCCUAUAACACAGAUUUGAAAGCACUUAAUUAUCAGAUAAAAUUUAAAUGUUUAUUACAGUAUUGUAGGGAAGUUUGUUAAUUCCAUUGGGACAUUUCAUUGCCAUUUUUAAUUUGGCAACAUUUCCCUUGGCCCCUGUGGGAUCAAUGUCAUAUUUUGCCUAAUAAAGAGACCUAUUCUGUGUAGCGUAGACACAUUGAUAGCACUCUAAUCACUGACAGUAAUUUCCCCAAUGUUUCUUCUGUUUAUAUUGUAUUGUUGUCCAAGGUUGUGUGUCCAUGUAGAAAUAUGUGGUGAGACUCAAAUGGGGUUAUUCUCUUAACAGAGAUCUUUGGAGAAUUGAUGUAGGAUGCACAAUUUCAGCCAAAAUAGCCAAGUAAAAAAUCAAUCUGUGUUGUUUUGCACCGUUCAGUGAACCCAAGAUGUGGUUUCCAAAAAGGUCUGUGGAUCAGAAUGUGUUGCAGUUAAUAUAGGUGUUUAAGGGGUUUAUCAUUGCUCAAAUGCUAGCUACAGAGUUGGGAAGCAGAGAUUCUUAGUAUACGGAUUUGAGUUGUCUUUGAAUAUAUGGAAAUGUGGAUCAGGCAUUCUAGUUGAGACAGUAUUACAACAAGUAUAGAAUCCAGGUAUUGUAUGAAAUUACAUUUUUAAUACCUUUUCAAAAUAGCAUUUUAAUGUCAUAUUCUAGCAACUGGAUUAUUACCUAAAAGUGUGAAUUGUUUGGAUCUCAAAUUUGAGUCGAUUGCUCCAUUUUUAGAUUUGAAAUCUGCCCUUUUAUCCUACUUCCCUUGGUCCCGUUGAAGGCCAUAUUUGUACAAUUUGCAAAUAUAUUUUGUGGAUCACUCAUCAUUUUCCGUAAUGUAGUUGGAGGCUCUGAGUGAUAUAAAAAAAAUCUGUAGUGACCCAGACCACUUGGGUGGUUGAAAGUUAUUCUGUAUCGGAUUCUGAGCAGUACCAUGCAAAGUCCAUUGUGUGACCGUUCAUUUGGAGUUCUAAGUAACUUUGAUUGCAGAAAAUACUCAACAUUUCCGUCAAUUGGGCUCAUCUUUGUAGAUUAUCGUAGGAAUUUGAAGAACCUUGCACAUAUAUACUUUUGAAUCAAACAUUUUGAUUUCUGUAUGUUAAAUUCAAUGGGGUACAUGCAAUUUACCGUGAUUUCUUUAAUAUAGCUACAAUUCCUUGGGGGCUGCAUAUGAUUUUGUUAUAUUUUGUUGUUGUCCGACACAUCUAGCGUAUAUAUCAUGUUGGAGAUGGUUCAAUGAAAAAUGUGCUUGUAGGAAUAUAGCUAAAGAGGAAUUAUGUCUCUUAAUUUGUUCUUUUCUUAGAACACAUUUAGAACGUUGUAACCCUCUUUGUGACAUAUUUGAUUGCAUAGAGGUCUGCCAAAGAAUGCUUUUUGCACACCGACGUUCUAAAUGCAGAAGUCCUGUCAAGGAUUUUAAAUGAAUAUCGUUGUUUAACAAUUUCAUUAAAAAAACAAAACAAAUAAGAUUGAGAACAGUGGACCUUGCAGUGUGAAGCAUGCAGUCACCCACUGCUACCUGCAUUAAAUAAAUUAAACUAAACUGUAAAAUGUAGGCUAAAAAAAAAUAGCCAAGCUUUCUUGAAAAUUGGAGGUUUUUCCAAAUCAGAACUUGCUGACUACAUUUUAUUAUUUACUGUUUAGUAGAUAAACUUAGUGUCUCCUACACGAUCUUUUGAGGAACCACAAGUAGGUUUGUGGUCCUGACUUUAUAGCAAUACAAAGCUUUUAGUCAAUGUUAUGUCUGACAACCAGUUGGUUGAACUUGGCCACCGUUGGGCUGCUGGUACACAGUCUAAAACAGUUUGUAUCAGCGCCAGACUGACACUGCUCACAUAGCAAACGUUGGUAACAUGGAAUGUACAUUAUACAUUCUCCAAAUUCAUGUAAGUUCGUGUUAGGCUGGAUUCCAUUUCUAAGAAAAAUUUAAAGGAACACUUUAACCCCUUAAGGACCAAACUUUAUGAAUAAAAGGGAAUCAUGACAUGUCACACAUGUCAUGUGUCCUUAAGGGGUUAAGUUUAGGAGUAUAAAUAGGUAUUCCUAACGCUAUUGUGCCCUACCGAGCCAACUCUGCCAGGGUAAAAAAAAAAAAAAGCGCGAUUUACUUACAUUUCAGCUCUCGUCGCGCUCUUGUGUAGCUCUGCCUUUUUUUCCAGCAGUGUUGAUUAUCUCAACCAAUCCAAUGCUUUUCCAUAGGAAACGCUGUGGCAGUCAGAUGGUUUCCUGAGACCAUUCGACUAAAAUAUUUUAAGGAAUAGCUCAUAUAGACAGCCGGUAGGGGCAGGCUAACCCUGUAAUGUAAACGUUGUUGUUCCUGCAGGUUAAAAGGGGGGGUCACAUGGCAUUCAGACCACUUCAACGAGAGCCUAUAGUGUUCCUUUAACUAUAUUUGAAAGCGUUUAUAUCUUGACCAAAGAAAGUAAGAUUAAUCUUAUUGUGCCUCAGAGCGGUGUGCUUUAAAAUAACUUCAGUUUAAUUUUGUUACACAUAUUUUGUUAAAAUAAACCCAGCUAUAGUACAUUAUUAUGUUUAAAAGUUAUCCUCUAUAUCUGAUAAACAUUUAGCUUGCCAAACCACAAAAUACAUUUGGUAGCCUUAGAACAUGAUGUGUGUCACAUCACAUGCUAUUUGCCUCAUUGUUGUCAUUUCUCCUAGGUUAGCUGCUGUGUGAGAAGGGCAACCAGAUUAGAUCUUUAAACCUGUAGUUCAGUACCCAUGGCAGAGCAAUACUUACGUUAUCACAGAAGAGCAGACAAUGCGACAGACAUGAAGUACUCUAAAAGAGUAUUCUGGGAUUUAUAAUUUGUUUUAUAAAGCAGCAGUAAUGUUUCCUUUUGGCUCAUAAAGAAAUAUAAAUCAUCUACAGAACGUAUAAGUGGUUUCCCUGUAGCAUGGAUUGAGAAAUUCCACUUGGAAGAUGUUUAUAAGCUUUAUUAGAGUUUAGUCAAUAGGUGAGUGCAGUCAGCAGUUCUAAUCCUUGAUGUAUGUGAUACUGAAUACAUAUUUCAGACUUUCAAAAUGUAUUCUUUUAUCUGCGGUUAUUCAUUUUAGGAAAUUACCUAAUUACUGGUGAAAACUCCAGUUUCAUAUACUUUGUAGAUCCUAUUCUUCUAAGGAAGGUACAUGGGUGCACCCUAAUUUUAAUACCUGAGAAAGUAUUGCAAGCAGUAGGUCCAGCACAAAUAUAUGCCAGAAUCUUAAAUGGUUUCUUUCUCUAGAUAUAGUCAAGAAACUGUCGCUAUUACUACCAGUUGAAUGCAUGCUCUCUCCCUUUUAAGUAAACAUAACCAUUCAACUGGGAUAAAAGUCAUUUGAUGGCUUUUCUUUAACAUUUGAAUGAGAAUAAGAAAUGUGAUGAUAAUUGAGCGUUGGUCUUAGACACUGGCUAACGAGGCAUUAUAAUGGUGCAAGAGAAAGGAGUCAUGCUUGACCAUAACGUAAGACUGCAAUUUUUUUUCAUUUCUUUUGACCAUACUUAAAUUAGUAAGAAAUCAGAGAUGGGGAAAAAAAGACAAUGUUUGCUUAUUAAAUAUGUCAGCCACUGGAAGUAUUUAUAGUCAUGGUAAAGGCUGCCAUAGCUAUGUGGUUGAUGGGGGCCAUUUUUUGAAGAAGCUUAUUUGUUUAGAACACGUGUGACCUACUUGAUGUUGUAAACCAGGCCAUGGGUAAUAUGUUCAUGGUUACUUUUACCUCUGCAGUAAGGUAUCUUGUUGCCUUAUUGUCCCAUUGCUAAAAGGUCACAGCAGUAAACCACACUCCUUGCUAGAAUUUAAAAAAAAUUAAUAAAAAAUUCCAUGAUAGCUGUUGUAUUUUGCUGCUCUGGAACAGACUGACCAAAUUCUGGCUUUUGCAAUAAUGUGUCAGCGUGUAUCAAAGCAGCUAUUUGGUGUCUGAAAAGUGCAGACAUUCACAAUAAAGUUAGGUUUUCGAACUAUAAAGGAAGAGAAAUGUGUAUAUAAAAAUAAAUAUAUUUAUAGAUAGAACACGAGAUUUUCAACUGUGCAUAUUUACCAUUAGUGAUGGAUUGUUAUAUAUUAAUUUAAAUACUUCUUUUGUCUUCCAUUGACCGAAUUUUGAAUCUAUAGAAUUAGCAACACGUUCCUUUUCCGUGAUGGGACUGUAAUUCACAGAAACCAUGCUCUGCGUCUAGGAAUCCCGACUACAAGAACCGACCACCCUCACAGAUCGUUAUACUCCAAGGUCUGUUUAUCUAUAGAUGUAAGACUGAGACAACCAAUAGCUAUUAAAAUAAAUAAAAUAAAAAUCUAAUGUUUGAAAGUUUCCUCUCUGAAUAAGCCAACAGACUUAUCUCUCUGGAUGUUAGACUUUGUUUUUAAGUUCCUCCUAAUGAUCCUACUGGUCAAGAAUACCACAUCGACAAACGCUCUUCCUGCUACCCACUGCCUGUUAAACUGUUACAUUUGGUGACAAACAAUGUUGCCAUUAUUUUAGCCAAGGUUAAUAAACUUUAAUUGACUUCACUUGGGCCCUGAGGAUUAACAUAUUGACAGAGGAACCAUAUCUGCUUAAUAUAGACCAUGAUCUCAAGCUGCUCAGCAGUGGCUUUACAAUACAUAAAGACGUUUUGGAGGAUGAGGACCUCAAUAAAUAAUAUAUAUAUGAAUUCGCAAAAAUAGUUAAGGCUGUUACUUAAAAUUUACUGUUUUACCCUCUCAGCGAGGCAUAUAUACCAGGAGUAUCAUUUUGGAGAGCAAAUUGCUCUUGUAUUGAGUGGACUGAGAUACAAAGGGCAAGACUGACUUCUGAGCAGUUUGAUGGUCAGACAACCCAAGAAUAGCCUUCCAGUGAGCCCAGAACUGCUUGUCCAAAGGAUCAUUGUGGUGAAAGAGGAUCUGCAAUACAUAUAUACGGUUUUCCUUCCACCAAACUCCUUGUGAUGCUGGUAAGAAUACUGUUCUGGUAAUGGAUGAGAGACUUUCCCAACUCAUCGACCCUUCAGAAAACCUUCCAAAUGUACGCUCUCUUCUGCAACUCUUUACUAGGCUGUUUUGUUAUGCCUUCCGUAGGAUGCUUUUGUUAAGUUAAUUCUCCAUGUGAUAUUACUAACAAUGCAUUAGCAAAAGAAAAUAAAUACGUUUGUAUAAGUCCAUUCUGAACAUGUCUCUCUCUUAUAUGGAAAGCUGUCGCAGCUGAAGCUACUGCAUUUUAAUCGUGUUAAAUGUUAUUUUUAGCAAAUCAGCAAGUGUACCUCAGUGUCACAAAACUGUACUAGAUGCAAGUAUUUGAAAGGAAUAUAAUGCAGGAACUAUGGAUAAGGAUUGUGUUUGCUCCUUGCUUUAUUGGGGGAAAUGUCUUUGAACACGCAAAACACCAUAACCACCAUAGUGGUGAUGGUGACAGCAGUGUGCUGGUGCUCCACACUGUAAGUUGUCAAGCCGAUUUAGAACAGUUUUGGUUCUAACCUGAGGUGUGCACUGCUUCCUUCCUCCUCACAAUGCCAGGUUUAGCUCAUUGGCCGAGAGGGUCAGCUCUCAUCCAACGAGCUAAUGCAUGCACGACCAGGUUUAGCUCAGAGUUCCUGUGACUGGCGUCCGGUAAACUUUUAGGCACCUGUAAACACAACUGCUGAAUCCAAGUUUGAGUUCCCCCUCUCAAUAGCAUUGAAGAGACCUCAUCUGCAAUGCCUUGCACAUUUUAGUUAUCAAGUGUCUAAAAUCUGGGAUAAAGAAUAUACGUCUGAUAAUUCAGUAGUUGGAGAUACGGAGAUGUUAAAUUAUAAACUUAUCUUGGUAAGUGUACGUCUAUAUUUAUACCUGAUGAUUCACUUCAACCCAUGAGCAAACCUAACAUUACAUUUGAUGGAAGCGUCGGUGGUAAAGAAUAGUAAUUCAGUUACACAGUCCUAGGAACAAUCUUGUAAAACUUGCUGUUCAUUUAAUAGACCCCCUAAGUGGUCCUGGAGUCUUUGGAGUUCAAAAUUAGUUUCUCUUUUAUACAUCAGUGAAUGUGUUUGGUGAUAAUAUUUGUAUAACAUUGUGACUUGCCAUAAACACAGGGAACAAGCUGCCUUAUGUUUUACAGCAGCACCUACACCAAAGGCAAAUACAAUGCAGCUGGGCUAUGGUGAAAUACUUUACAUUCUUCACUAGACCAGAAAUGUACACACGUUUUUGGCAAACAUAUCUAAAUUUAAAAAAAAAAGUGUUCUUUACAGUUUGCUGACUGGCCAUUUCAGUCUUUUUUUUUUUUUUUGUUUCUUUAUAUUUCUGAAUUUCCAGUUUGAAGAAUGAACUUGUAAACCAAUGCAAUUACCAGUAACAAUGUUGUUGUUCUGUCUAGACAAAACAAUCAUACCAUUAAAGGACCAUGAUUGACAGAGAGGAUGAGCUCAGUUCUAGGAUACAUCCAUGAACAUUUCUACAUUUAAUUUUAUUUUCUAGAUGUCAAACAGUUAAAUAUAGGGGAUAAGAAAUUAGCAUCUGACUAACAGCACCUUUUAGAUUAGCUUUAAAAAAAAAAAAUAAAAAAAAAAUUGCAUUGUGCUAGAACUGUUCUAAACCUGAGCACAUUGUGAUGUUGGCUAAAAAUGAUGUGUGCCCAAAUGCACAAUCACAAAAGAAAGUCUGACCUAUUCAAAAUGACAGUAAGUUACAGUUUAUAGUGAUCCUUGUUUGAAAUGCACACAGCCCUUUCUCGAAUGGCCAUACAGUUUGUCUUGCCCAUUUUUACCAUAUUUUAUUAUCUUACUGUAAAUAAACUUUUAAAGCUGAUGAAAGUGAUCAUUGACAGGUAACUUUUUAAGGAUCCUGUUGAUAAAUGGGUCCUCAGAAACAUUAUACAAAAUGAUCAGUGGUUAGAACACAGAGCUGCCUCUUGGUAUCUUUUCUCCCUUUAUAUAGACAGAGGAAUUGUGUAAGAAAAGUUUACAAUUACAUAAACCGGUUAGCAGAAACAUUACUUCUCCUAAUUUCACACCAACAUCUAAUAGUGCAAAUCUACCAUAACACCAACAAUAUACAAGGUUUGGAUUUUUAGUGAUGUAGGGCUCUGCAUACUAACACAGUCAUCUGAAGAAGUUUCUCUAAAUAGAUCCCAGAGAAAGUUAUAUACGUAUUAUACAAAAGAGAUUUUACUUUUACAAAUAAAAAAAACAACUAUGAUUUUCCUGUCGCUCAAACACACCUAACAUUCAGAGAUGGUAAAGUGUGCAACAUAAUUCCUUACACACAACUUUACUAUUUGGAAACAAAAAGAAAAAACAAGUAUACACGGAAAGAAACCGGCCAAUUCAUUAAAGUGUGUACAUUUCUAAUUUUAGGCAAAUAGACAAUUUUGAAAAAUUCUCCAAUUCAGCUGUGCUUUCAGUUUGACUAUUCUGGUCUAUGGGAGUUAAUUGCUUUAACAAUCAUACCCAUAAUCAAACAGCACCCACCAUUAUCAGAUUCACAGAUAAUGUACUAUGGCAAGUUUGAUGUAAACUACUUUGGUAUUCUGUUGGUCAGGAUUACACUGUUGGUUUUGGGUCUAAGUUUGGUUCCUGACCUAUACAUAUAGCUCAUUAAGGUGUCUGUUUACGGAGCUAAGCUCUGUUAACCUGUGCUCAAUCUCAGAAAGAGUACGUGUGAUCUAUACCGCCUAUUUUAAAAGAUACCAACUGUCCGAGUAUUACUUUUCAAUAAAACCAAACAUGAAUGCCUUGUCUGACUUGUCCAAUUUAUCUUAUUUUAUGGCCCGGAGAGUAAAAAUGUCACAUAAAAAAAAAAAUAUUUGGCUAAGGUAUUGCCACAAACAUUUAAGAAAAGACUUUUCUUUACAAUAUAUACAUCACACAAGAGUGACCUCUUUUUAAAAAUGGUAUCAGAAGGAAAGGAAAAGUCAAAAUACCUAGAACUCUUAACAUUAAAGCCACAUAUAAAAGUCACUCAGACCAGAGUUGAGGGGUUGGUUAACGGAGAACUCAUCUUGGCAUUCCUAUAGACUGAAAGUGGCUUUUGUCCUAUUAACCUGCAAAUGCUACACGUCCUGGGGCUGGAUCAUCUGAUAGGACUCCUGCUUAACAGCGUUUCUCUUUCAUCCUCCAAAGUAAGAAUUCUUGUGCUUCGACCUACUCUUGUGGGACCACCACGUACGGCUGGUGAGGGAUGCACUUCUGCCUCUCAUUGCAAUUGUAGAUCCAGCGUGGACGGACAAAGGAUAAGUUGCCAUUUUCAUUCAGAGCCUGCGUUAAGGCAAUUUAAAUAUAAAAAGUAGAGACAACAAAAAGUCAAUUAAUAAAUGGUGUUACAUAUGAUGUUUUAAUGUUCUUCUAAUAUUGCAUGAAAAAAAACGCAUGCUUGUUCAGGUGAUGUAGUGUUAACAGCUGUUUGAGGUGAAGUUAAGAUUGUUCUUCCUAUGAAGACAUUACAGCACUCAUGAAGAAGAAAGUGAUAAGAUAAAAAAAGAUGACAAUAAGAUCACCGAAGUAUCUAGCAUUGCACUUGUUUUACACAGUUCCCAAUUUACCAUCAUGCACAGCUUUAGGUUUACACAGCUGCAUUGUCAGAGGUCAGCUAUAUUGAAAGAAUGAUGCUGUGAAGGAUGUCUGGCAGCAUCAUAUGGGUGUCAUCAGCCAACCCAGAAGUACAGUUUUUCUGCAGAGAAUGUCAGUCAGCUGACGCUCUCCGACAAUGAAUGUUGGUGGCUUCAGGCUUCUGCAGCUCUUCAGAAGCCGUAAAACGUCACCAGACCAACAGGGACCGUCAGGGUCUGGUGCAGACCAAGGUUAGGGGCCAAACCAUUGCUUAACAGUGUGCCCCAUUAACGGGCCAGGGUACUCCAAGCAUCAUAACUACUACAGCGGGCUGUUAAGAUGCUUGGAAUAACCCUUUAAUUAUGUAGUUCACAAAGAAUCAUACCUUGAUUUAAAAAAAAAAAAAAAAAUGAAUAAACUUUACCUCCUCAAAGCUGUCAUCCCAGUCCUGUGAGGUGAUUACAAACUGCACCUUUUCACUCAUGUAUUCUUCCAGUUCCCUGCAGACAAAAAAAAAAAAUCCCAAUAAGCAGGGAUCAGAUUCCCUCAGAUACCACAUCCAGUUCCUGCUCUCAUUUCUUCUAAGAAACCUCAGCUGGUUCCUGCUCUCAUUCCCUCACUUACACAUAUUCAUUCAAGAACAUACCCAAAGCCCCAAACUCCAUUCUUUCUGAACUCUCAGCAGUCAUGAUUUGCUGACGGUAGCUCUCUCACUAGUCAAGGUAUAGAGUAUUGAUUCGAGGUUAAUCAGAAAAGACUGAAACAUCCAGGUAGCAUCCUUUCUGUAGCAUGCAUUCCCUCUACAAAACAACACAUUGAGUCUUCCUACUCACCCGUUAAAGGCUGUUAUAUAUCUCUGUAGCGUCCUGCGCUCUGUGGCAGGGAACUCUCCAUACAAAAAGAAGCGUUUACCAGAGAACAAAUCUAUUAAAAAAAAAAAAAAAAAAAUGAAGGAAAAGAUUAUAUACUUAACAUCCAGAAAAAAAAAAAAAAAAUCAACUGUGUUUGGUGCUAUUGAAACAAUAAGAAUAAAAUUAAAUGUGAGGUUCAUGUGACCUGAAAAUCUAUAAAAACCUUACAGGUAUUGCAUACAAUACGACAUUAACAAUCUUUUAUUUUUCUUGUUUUAUGGAACUUGUGCCUCAGAGUUUGAAAAUUUUGCCUUGUUGUGAUUUAGCCAGUGUGAUUGCUCACUGGAUCGAGCUGUCACAACCACAGGUUCGAUUCCUGGCAAGUCCAUCUCAAGCUUUCAUCCAUCCAAAGCCGACUUGAGCACCCAUUAUGUUAUGUAAUAAAAUCACCUAGACCCCAGAACACUUAGAAAUUAGCAAAAAGCUAAAAGUACCUCUCCAUGUUAAAGGACCACUAACUGUUACCCAGACCAUUUGAUCUCAUUGAAGUGGCACAGGUGCAGUGGUCCUUUAGCUUUAACACUGCAAUGUUGUAGAAAUUAUGAUUGCAUGGUUAAAGGGACACUAUAGCUUACUGAAGUGGUCUGGGUGCAGUCACUGUCUCCUUAACCCCACAAUGUUCAUUAUUACUGUUUCUAAGAAACUUCAAAACUACAUUGCAGGACUAAGACUGCCUCUAGUAACUGAGACUUUUGGUCGCCUAACGGAUGCUGGACGUCAUCACGUUUUGCAUGAGGACAUUCAGCAUCGUUAAAAUCCCCAUAGGAAAGCCUAAUGGGCUGCGGUGGCCACUCUUAUACCAAAAUUUGACUGCUGCAGUGAGGAAGUUUUCUGUCACGUUAAGAGAUUUUGCCUUUGAACUAAUAGCAGCAAAGUGAAUUGUUAGUGUAGACAGGGUUCUCCAAAUGUUGCUGAACUACAACUCUCAUUAUGCUUUGGAUGAAAGAAUCAGAGAAUCAUGGGAGUUGUAGUUCAGCAACAUCCGGAGAGCCAUGAUGUAGGACUCACCGAGAGGUUUUGCCUUGACGUGGAAGGUGAGCUUACACUGUAAUGGCCAUUGGAGUGAUAUUACAAAUACCUCCAGUUACUUAAAUGUGCAUAGGGAUUUGGGAUAGUGUUCAAGUAUUUUCUUCUUCGUUUAAGGUCUGAUAUAUAAAAAACGCACCUGGUAGUUCAGGAAUGGGAAGAUCAACCUCAGCUUCUUCUUCCACAUCGGUGUUCUCGUCUGUUGAGCCUGCGUAGGGAUCAUCUAUUGACAUGAGUUCCUUCUUUACUGGUUUACCAGCAUUUGGCCUAAAAUCCAGAAAGGAGAUAUGAAAUACUAAAGCUCCCUCAAAAAUCUUACAAGCUCUGCCAUGGCAGCACUGAUCCUGAAUCCCAAAGCAUACAGUAAAAGACUCAAAUUAUCCUCUCUCAUCCUCUUACUGCUUAACCUAAACAAGGCUGCCAACACAAGCUUUCUUAUCAGUCCAUCAACCAAUACCAAACAUGUAGUGGUGCUGUCUGUCCUAACCACCAUACACUGGAAACAGACUGAUCAGGAUUACAGUGCAAUACUGUAAGAUUCUUUGAUGUACAUGCUGGCAUAUUAAACAAGCCAAGGCAAAAAAAAAUAUCUCAACUCAAGCACAUAUAGUGGAAUCAAAGACGAAACUUUGGAAUCAAUAUAAAAGAAAAUCAUUUAAUAACGCAUUAUUAUUAGCAUUUAUACUGCACCAAAAUAAUGCACAACACUUCACAAUAAUACUAAGAGGAUAUUUAGAGGUGAAGAAGGUCCUUCUCAAACAAGCUUACAAGAAGAAAAAGUAGGAGAAAAAAACCCCCGAAACAAAAUAACAUUCAUAACUCUUAUACGAGAAUCAUGCAAAGAACAGAGCUCAAUAAUUGCAACCGUGAAUAUUCAAUGUAACGUCUUUAGCAUUAUUCCAGCAUGAGAGGCUAGGAAAGAGCCGCUGACUGUCAACACAGCUUUUCUACAUGUGUUUUAUUUACAGAGUAAGAAAUUUAAUGGACAGUGUUAAUACACACGCCAGUACAGAACAAUGUACAUACCCUCCUAAAUCAUCCUCUGUGUCACUUCCUGAGCCGUCCGCUAGCUUUCUUUCAACUCCUGAAAAUAGAGAUUAUUAAUUCCCAAUACAAGUAAGAUGUAGUAGUGCUUUUUAAAGCUCAGUUCCCAUCACCUAUCUACCUGUGUUUUCCUCAUCUGUACUUGCACCAAAUUCAUCCUCCUGUUUGGUCACUAAAGGUUUGGGCUUUCCAUCUUCUGGGUCUUCCUCUUUUACAGGGACUUUAGAUGGCUUUGCUUUGGCGGGGCUGGACCCUUGAUUUUUGUGGUUUGUUCGGCCAGAAUCUGUAUUCUGAAAUGAGAUGGCACUGGUGUCAAGUAAGACCGAGAGCAAAGUUCCCUUGUCCUUGUGCAAGUGAGGUGAAAAGAAACCCAGGUCUAUUAAGCUGAAUCUUUUGGACAUCCUUGCUGAUGCUCUUGAUGCAAAAUUAUAGCAAUUAUUUGCAAUGACUUCAAAAUUACAAUCCAGUAUCGUCCUGAAUAAACUCCUUUAAUAUUUAUACAAUAAUCACAAAUUAUACAAAUCUGCCCUACUGAAAUAAUGUCCAUAUCGAUAUUCUUUCUGUAAAGAAUCUUUCUUGUUGCAAAAAGCGAAAGCUCUUUUCGUUAAGUAUCGAUGGAUGAUAUGAUUGCAGCAACUACUGGAGGAAUCCUGCAUAUUAUCAUGGGUCAUAAUCUUUUGGCUAAGAGAUUAAAGGUGCUGAACUGUAACUGUAUCUCUAAAACUUGAGUUGUCGGCUGGUUGCAUUACAACUAUCGUGGUGUUUGAACAAUGGUAAUAGCUUACUAUUAUUGGUGUGCUACACGCUGGCUGUCCUAAUUCUGCAGUGAAGAAAUGCGUAUCCUUUGUAAAAGUGGUGGUUUUAGACACUUCUCUGAUUUAACAGGCUGGAGAAAACUCAUGCACAGAAGUCUAUAGGAGAAGGUAUUUAAGAUAUGUGCCAGUUCCUGUGAUUACACAUCAUUCUCAUGGUAUACAUGGAAAUGUAGAAUUAAACAAUCAACAGAAAUCUAUAAGAGAAGGUAUUCCAGAUAUGUGCCUAUGGAAAGGUAGAACUAAACUAUGACAAGGGCACAUGAAUAUUGAGUAGGAGUAUACUAUGACCUGCACACACUUCAGAGAAUAUUUACCGUUCUGUGGGCUGGGGCUUUUGGUCUGGGAGGCAAAUCUUCCUCACUGUCAUCACUAUCAUCCUCACUCUCACUGCUGGAAUCAGCCGUGGUCAUCAAAUAUCUGCGAUAAAAACACUCCCAGUCAUCAGUAAAACAACAAAUAAUGUACACUUGGUAUUUACAAUUUUGAAGGGUCAGUUUAAGUAGCAAAAUCACUUUAGCUUACUGAUGUGGUUUACAUGUAUAGAGCAUGCCCCUGCAAUGUCACUACUCAACUCUCUGCUGAUUAGAUGUUAAAUGAAUUUAUAUCUGCAGCCCUAGCCACACGUCCCUUGGCUGUCAAUCACACAGCCACUCUAUACACUUCCUGAAAAUGCAUAUCAAUUUUGUAUCACAUAAUAGCACAAUAUGUUUUGCCAUAUAAUUUGUGAAAGAUCCAGUAUUUAGCUAUGAUGGAUAGAUAUAUUUUUAAUUAAAGGACCACUAUGGUGCCAGGAAAACAAACUCGUUUUCCUGGCACUAUAGUGUUAGUAGGUCCACCCCACACUUAUUGUCCCCCUCCUUUCGGGCUCUAGGGGGAGGAAGGGGGUAAAUUCUCAAUGCUUUCCUAUGGACGCUGGCGUCUUCUCACUGUGAAAAAUCACAGUGAAGCGCAGAAUCGCCUCUAGCGGCUGUCAAUGAGACAGCCACUAGAGGCUCGAUUAACCCUAAUGUAAACAUAGCAGUUUCUCUGAAACUGCUAUGUUUACACCAGGCAGGGUUAACCCUAGAUGGACCUGGCACCCAGACCACUUCAUUGAGCUGAUGUGGUCUGGGUGCCUAUAGUGGUCCUUUAAGGUCUAUUUACAGGUAUGUCUUUAGAGCUGAUAGAGAUAGAGAUAUAUAUAUAUAUAAUAAACCGUUAGUUGAGUAAGUGUUAAAGAUGUGGUAUUGAAAAUCUCCAUGUAUCUACAACGCUUUUGAUUAAGCGCUGUCCAUCACAAACACGGAAAUUUGUGAACAAAAAGGGCGCCCCAUAGGUCAGCUUAGAUGCAGAGGCAUGUUCUGCAGCUUAGAGCAAGUAGGAUUUUAGGCAGUUAGGAAGGGGAUUUGAAUAAUUUAUAACAAAUGCAUAUUGUGUGCUCUUUUUAAAAAGCAUUAAACAAUAUCCAUUCUGUAACCAUUACCUCUAACUCUACAAUUAUCAUACAUCAGCAACUAGUCAAUGUAUGCCACCAAUGAGAACAGAGCACUCCCUCUUCAACUAUAUAAGAUGCUUUAUUGCCUUCACAUGGCUGCAUGGAAUGGAUGAGCAAGACGCUCUUACUUUUUACUUGGCAAACGCUGCUGCUUCUUGUAACAGUCCAAGACCCACUCUUUGCGCACGAUGGUGCCUCCUGCUGCUUUCACUUGACUGUAUUUGGGGGUGUUGGCAAACGCACAUCUGGAAAAAUAAAUAAGCAGAGAUUAUAUUCCAUCUUGUAGGGGGCAGCAAUUUGACCAAAGCUACCAGGUGUGCAGGUCAUCUCCUUGGAAUUCUAUUAAUGGGGGAAGAGCACAGAGGAUUAGUGGGAAAGAGUUCGCAGUCACCAUUUCAGUAUUUUGUUGUUCCUUUUUUAAAUUUUGAAACUUGCAACAAAUUCUUAUUUGGGACUUCAGCUUCCAAUCUAUAUAUAUUCCAGAACUGAUGAAUCCGCAGGCAAUUUGGGUUUUAAAAUGUCCAGAUUCCUAUCCUUUGUAUUGAAUUUAACAUUCUGGACAUUUUGUUUGUCAAAUCUCAGCUAGCUUGAACCAAAUUUAUGCAUUGGAUCUCAUCAAUGAACAUGCUUCAAAUUGCCUUUUUUUCAGAAAUAAUAAAAUAUUUAAUGUCAAAUCUGCUAUUCGUUUUAAAUGAAACAAUACAGAGGCAAAUUGGGACUUCAUCAAAUAACCCUUUAUUGUUGUGUGUAGAAUGCUUGUGUUAUCUCAAGUCCUCCUAUAAACUACAUCUGAGCUUUUCAAUUAAAAGGAAACAUUUUAUAUGAUUUUAUCCCAGAACAUACAUGAGGUGAGUACUAUCUGGUGUCCAGUCUGGUCUGUACUUGGCACCCAUCUCCAGCGCUUUGUCCCGUAGAUCAGAUCUAAAAGGGUUCUGGAACCCACUGAGCACAAACACUGUCCCUUGCAAAAUGCGCCCCAUCUCCACAGGCUGGGAGGCAGAGGGGGAUUUUUUGUGAGACGGCUUCUCUGGGGGUGAAGAUUUCUUUGCUGCAGGUGCAGUAGAAGGUUCAACUGAAACAGAAUCACAGAAUAAGGUGGAUUUUGCAAGUAACUUAGGAACAUGAAAACCUGAACCCACAAAAGAACAAAAGUAACAGCUAACUGUGCCAACCCCCCACGAAACCAAGUUUUCCAUAAUGCAAAUCAGACUCCAGAUAUUUGCUUUGGGAUAUUGGGACUUGUGGAUUUUCAAAAAUGUAUAUGAAACAAAAAAUGUUAAGGGUUAACUAACCACCAUAGCCACUUCAUCUGUAAAUGGAAUGGUAUCAAUGGUUAUAGUGCAAAGAUCUCACUGCGGCCUCUCUCUCAAUGUUGAUGCUCUAUAAAUAAUAAUGUGUGAGGUUCUCACUGUUUGAGCACCAUCUAGUGGCUGCUGGUGUAACAGCCACUAGAGGAUUGUAUAGCCCUUUAAAUUAAAAAUUGCCCAAAACUGCAACGAUUUACAGAGUUUAGCUAAACCGUAGGGCAAUGCACCCUGACCCCUUCAUUGAAAUUGGUCUUGUGUGCUUAGAGUGUUCCUUUAACACUCACUGAGAAGUAUUUACGUAAAGAGUAACAGAAUGCCAACGGUUUUUACAGUCUGGUGGAAUAGUUACAUUCUAAAAACAGCCCACGGAGAAAUGCAAGAGCACCACCAUUUGUGUGAAGUUUAUUUUCUAGAAUCUGCCAGAAUUAGCAGUUAUGUCUAGAUUUGAGAAUAGAGAUAAUCCCAGUAAUAAUAAUAGCAUGCAACCAGGAAAGGUACGUUUAGCUUUUUUUCCAGUUUCCAAGUAGACACUGGGGAUUAUUAAAGAUUAAGCGUUGGGUUGUCUUUAGCAGGUGCAAAACGUGUAGCAAUGAGAUAGAGCAGCUGGACUAGAUCCACUGUGUGCUCUCACUGCCUUCAUUACAGAUAAACUAGAUAGGCGAUCAAAGACAGUGUGUGCUGGGAUCAUUGGUUGUAAAAGUAGUGCAUUUAUGGACUUAAUCCCUGUUAGAAGAGGCAGUGAAUCAUUUUAACUAGAACUGAAAAAACAAAUGUUUGAAAAAAGAUGGUGUGAACUUCUUGACCAUUAGACUCAGUUUCUUAAAGGACCACUAUAGGCACCCAGACCAGAGAAACUGCUAUGUUUACAUUGCAGGGUUAAUACAGCCUCUAGUGGCUGUUUUCCUGACAGCCACUAGAGGCGCUUCCGCGACUCAGUUAGUAAAUCGCACUUAUUUGACACUGGAUUUCCUCACAGAGUACAGCGUCAAAUAAGAUCCCCAUAGGAAAGCAUGGAGUAAUGCUUUCCUAUGGGCGUGUUUGAAUGCGCGCGCUUCUUGCCGCGCAUGCGGAUCCACUUGGGAGCCGACGUCGGCAGUGGAGGAGAGGUCACCAGUGCAGAGGAAGCCCGGCGCUGAAGGUAAGUGGCUGAAGGGGUUUUAACCCCUUCAGCCCAGCGGGAGGGGGGCUAUUAACCCUAUAGUGCCAGGAAAACUGUUUUUUUUCUUGGCACUAUAGGAUCCCUUUAAUGUCACAUGUAUUUAUCAACCUAGAGGAAACCUGUAUUCUACAUUACUACACAAACUAUAAGACUAUACAGACAUUACUACACAAAUUAGAAUAAUAGAGUGGCCCCAUUGUCAAUAUACCACAACGCAAACAAUUAUAUUUGCGUUACAUAUAAAACUUCCAAAUUAGGGAUAGCCAGUUGGUUGAGCUCUAUAAAUUGUGUGGUGCUCUCUCUAUCUACUGCAGAACAUACCAGCUGUGCAAGCAUCAUGGAAAAUUUGUUAACAGUUGGUUGCUCUGAGCUGGUAAAAUGGUUUGAGUCCAGCCCUCGUGCACUGUAAAUAACUCACUGUUUAAUUUUAGAUCAAUCCUGAGAGACCAGUGAUUACCUUUCAUCUUUUUGGUGGCUGGCUGGGAGGUGCUCUCUUUUGGACGAGAUGGUGACUCCUUGAUGUCUGUUUUCUUGGCAGGAGCAUGGCUUGUAGAUUCCUUGUUAAACUCAAACUUUCGCUUGCCAGAAGAC